UCACUCUACUUCUUCUCCCUUUUGAUUCCCUUCCCUCUCUCCAAGUUUUAUUACCUCUUGCAGUUCAACCACUUUUACUUCCCAUUUAUAUAUCUCUUCGAAAAGCGGCAUUUGCAUUUUACACGCAUGUGAGGCACGGCACAAGUAACAAAUCAAGCAAAGCAAGAUCGCUUUGCAUUGUGUUAACAAACAAGGCAACCCCAUUGUUUGUUGCCGUUUUGGUUUCAAUAAAGCCUCCUUCUUUUCUUGUGGGUUUGCUCCUUUCUCUCCGAGGUGCCAAAACUCUACCAGACAAAACAUGAGAGCGACGCGUGUUGUGUUGGUUUUGUUUUGGUUUCUCAGUAUUCACACUCCCGGGUUGUUCUGUGCCAAUGUGGAGUAUGAUCACAGAGCAUUAGUCAUCGAUGGCAAACGCAGGGUCUUGAUCUCCGGUUCCAUUCAUUACCCUCGUAGUACUCCAGAGAUGUGGCCUGACCUUAUUCAAAAAUCCAAAGAUGGAGGAUUGGAUGUAAUAGAGACUUAUGUUUUCUGGAACAUACACGAACCAGUUCGAGCACAGUAUGACUUUGAUGGGAGGAAGGACUUGGUGAAAUUUGUGAAGACAGUGGCAGCGGCUGGUCUCUAUGUGCAUCUCCGCAUUGGUCCAUACGUUUGUGCUGAAUGGAACUAUGGUGGUUUCCCUCUUUGGUUGCACUUCAUUCCGGGAAUCAAGUUCCGAACUGAUAAUGAGCCCUUCAAGGCAGAAAUGAAGCGGUUCACUGCCAAAAUUGUUGAUAUGAUGAAGCAAGAGAACCUAUAUGCGUCACAGGGAGGGCCUAUUAUUUUAUCUCAGAUUGAAAAUGAGUAUGGAAACAUUGAUUCUUCCUACGGUGCUGCGGGAAAAUCCUACAUCAAGUGGGCAGCAACUAUGGCUACAUCUCUUGAUACAGGGGUUCCAUGGGUCAUGUGUCAACAAGCUGAUGCUCCUGAUCCAAUUAUUAAUACAUGCAAUGGAUUUUACUGCGAUCAAUUUACACCAAACUCUAACACAAAACCAAAAAUGUGGACUGAGAAUUGGAGUGGAUGGUUUCUUUCAUUUGGUGGCGCUGUUCCUUUCAGACCUGUGGAAGAUCUUGCUUUUGCUGUGGCACGCUUUUUUCAGCGAGGAGGAACAUUUCAAAAUUACUAUAUGUACCAUGGAGGGACCAACUUUGACCGAACUUCUGGUGGACCUUUCAUUGCUACAAGUUAUGAUUAUGAUGCACCAAUUGAUGAGUAUGGAAUUGUUAGACAGCCUAAGUGGGGUCACCUUAAAGAUGUUCAUAAGGCCAUAAAGCUUUGUGAAGAAGCAUUGAUAGCUACUGAUCCAUCAAUUGUAUCCCUUGGUCCAAACCUUGAGGCUGCAGUUUACAAGACAGGAUCUGUAUGUUCAGCCUUCCUUGCUAAUGUAGACACCAAAUCUGAUGUAACCGUAAAUUUCAGUGGCAACUCAUAUCACUUGCCUGCAUGGUCUGUGAGCAUCUUACCAGACUGCAAAAAUGUAGUGCUUAACACUGCAAAGAUUAAUUCUGCUUCUUCAUUUUCAAGCUUCACAAAAGAAUCUUCAAAAGAAGAUGUUGGUUCUUCAGAAACUUCUAGUACAGGAUGGAGUUGGAUAAGUGAACCAGUGGGUAUUUCAAAGGCCGAUUCAUUCUCACAAAAUGGAUUAUUUGAGCAAAUAAAUACAACUGCUGAUAAAAGUGAUUACUUGUGGUACUCAUUAAGCAUUGAUCAUGACGAUGGUGCUAGUUCUCAAACGUCCCUGCAUAUUGAGUCGCUUGGUCAUGGCCUUCAUGCUUUCAUCAAUGGGAAGCUUGCAGGGAGUCAAGCAGGCAACAGUGGCAAAGCUAAGUUCACUGUGGACAUCCCUGUCACCCUAGUGGCUGGAAAGAACACAAUUGAUCUCUUGAGUUUAACUGUGGGACUUCAGAACUAUGGAGCAUUUUUUGACUUAUCAGGAGCGGGGAUCACUGGUCCAGUGAUACUGAAAGGUUUGGAGAAUGGCAAUACACUUGAUCUCUCCUCCCAGAAGUGGACAUAUCAAGUUGGACUCAAAGGUGAAGACUUUGGCCUGUCUAGUGGAAGUUCUGGACAGUGGAAUUCGCAAUCUACCUUCCCUAAGAACCAACCUUUGACUUGGUACAAGACAACCUUUGCUGCUCCAUCCGGCACAAGUCCAGUAGCAAUUGACUUCACGGGAAUGAGGAAAGGUGAGGCUUGGGUGAAUGGGCAGAGCAUUGGCCGCUACUGGCCUACAUUUGUAGCUUCAGAUGCUGGUUGCACAGACUCUUGCAAUUAUAGAGGACCUUACAGUGCAUCCAAAUGCCGCAGGAAUUGUGGAAAACCAUCACAGACAUUGUAUCAUGUACCACGAUCGUGGUUGAAACCAAGUGGCAACAUCCUUGUUUUGUUUGAGGAAAAGGGAGGUGAUCCAACACAAAUAUCUUUUGUCACAAAACAGAUAGAAAGUUUGUGUGCACAUGUAUCUGAUUCUCAUCCACCACCAGUAGAAUUGUGGAACUCAUACACAGAAUCAGGAAGAGAAGUAGGUCCUGUACUAUCACUCAUAUGCCCUCAGCAUAAUCAGGUCAUCUCUUCCAUUAAAUUUGCAAGCUACGGAACCCCACUUGGAACUUGUGGGAACUUUUACCACGGACGCUGCAGCAGCAACAAGGCUUUGUCUAUAGUGCAGAAGGCCUGCAUUGGAUCAAGCAGUUGUAGUGUUGGAGUGUCAAUUGAUACAUUUGGAGAUCCUUGUAGAGGAGUUGCAAAGAGUUUAGCUGUUGAAGCUACCUGUGCAUAGACAGAGACAUGUUGCUACAAGAACACUCCUCAAUUGUCUCAAGAUGAUUCCUGCUAAUAAGUCACAGUAGAUUUGCAAUCUAGGAACAUCCAUGAAAAAUUGUCAACUAUAACUGUCUAGUCUCAAGUCAAAUGCAAUAAAAGAAAAAAGUCUUAGCCGAUGCAGAUACGCCACAAAUGGCAUUUUUAUUUAUGAAAAAGAUGACUGAUUUCCCAACUUGCAAGACAAGUUGUUCUCAUGAUUGGUGUGAGGAAAGUGAACAGUAAAAUGUUGAAACUAAGGAAUACAGACUUUUCUUCAUGAGACAA